ACGAAGUUGGUGCAAUCGUUCUUGAUCUGGGGUCUCACACUCUUCGUGGUGGAUUUGCUGGAGAGGAUACACCAAAGCUUGAUAUCCCAAGUUACGUUGGCUCAAUUAGCCCGAAGGAUGAAAAUUCAGUUACAAAACGCAUUUUUGGGAACAACAUUUAUGUUCCUCGUGAAGGAAUGGAAGUGAAGGCAUUUAUUAAAGACGGCUUGGUUGAUGACUGGGAUGUCUUCGAGGAAGUUGUCUCAUACAUGAUUGGCUUUUUAAUCCCUGGUGAAAAAACGCAGCAUCCCAUCCUUUGUUCUGAACCCUCCUGGAACCCAAAAUCAAAACGAGAGAAAAUGACAGAAAUUCUGUUCGAAAAAUUUGAGGUCCCCGCCUUUUAUCUUGCGAAGAAUGCGGCUCUUGCCUGUUUUGCAAAUGGCCGACACACUGGUCUGGUCUUAGACUGCGGAGCUUCGUGUGCCUCUGCUGUCCCCGUCUAUGAUGGUCGGGUUUUACUCCAAGCUGUUGUCCGCACUCCACUCGCAGGAGACUUUGUCACUCGUCAGUGCGCUAAACUAGUAAAAGAGGAGCUAAAAACUGAGCCGAUUCCUUACUAUAGGGUUGCGUCGAAGAGCCUUAUGGAGGACUUCAGUGCCACAGUGCUGCAGAUUUCUGAUGAACACUACGAUCAAGGUCAAAUGGAGACCAUUCCAACGAUAUCGUAUGAGUUCCCCAAUGGCUACAACGUAGAGUUAGGCCAUGAGCGCUUCCAGAUUCCAGAAGCCCUCUUCGAUCCUUCAGUUUUGCCGCAAUGUGGUGGGAGUUCGGAAUUGUCGAUGAGUCACAUCGUCGCCAGCAGUGUCUCCUUGUGUGAUAUUGACAUCAGACCGAAUUUGUACAAUAACGUUGUCGUCGUUGGUGGUACCAGCUUGAUUGUUGGCUUUACAGACCGCCUCCAAAGGGACCUUAGUUUGAAAACGCCAUCGAGCAUGCGACUGAAAGUCAACUUCCCCAGUUCACUUCUAGAACGAAGGUUUUCAAAUUGGGUCGGAGGUUCCAUUUUAGGCUCCUUGGUAAGCACUGCGCUCAUAUUAACUAAUUUCGGCAUAGGGUACUUUUCAGCAGAUGUGGAUUUCUCGGCAUGA